AUGUCUGAAAACAUUCUAGUCAAAAUUGAAAUGCAGCAGCUAUACUUUCUCUGUCCUAAAUGUACCAUUUCUCUCCAGUUCAGACCAUUGCUGUUGGUGUUGCUGGCCGUGCUGUCAGCCAGCAUUUCUGUCCAUGGGAAGGUGAUAUGGCCAGGACUUGAGCCGGAGAGCCUCUUCAAGAAAGGAGAUGCUGGAUGCCCAACCCAAAAAGAUGGAAAAUUCCCUCAAACUGUGAGAGUCAACAUAAGCAUCAGCAACAUGAACCAGGAUACCAAAGUGACUCUUGAUAUCAGCAAACGCUCACUGGCUCCAUGGGAUUACAGGAUCGAUGAGGACCACAACCGCUUCCCCCGCUUGGUUGCUGAUGCCCAGUGCCGCCAUUCCAGGUGCGUGAACUCGGCCGGGCAGCUGGACCACAGCGUCAACUCCGUGCCCAUCAAACAGGAGAUCCUCGUCCUGCGCCGCGAGCCGAGGGGCUGCCAGCACUCGUACCGCCUGGAGAAGAAAAUGAUCACCGUGGGCUGCACGUGUGUCACCCCACUGAUCCAGCACCAGGCCUAAGGGAGCCCACAGCACACGAGCGGGGAGCUGCAGGAGAACUGCCUUGCCUAACAGCGAUGAAAAUCCGCAGGGCUGAACCAUAACGAUUAGCAAUAAUCUCAGUUUUGUGCUUGUUUUGUUUUUAAAUCCUUUUCCCCUUUAAAACUCUGGAUUCAGAAUACAGCCCCUUCCAGGUGCUCCGUGAGAAGAGUGAUGGGAACGCUUUACACGUCUUUACUCAACACUUAGAAAAACCUAUUUAUUUAAUUCUAUUUAUGCUGGUAAACAAGUUUGUAAUUAUCUAUGUUUAUUUAUCUCAAAGCAAUA